UAGGGGUGCUUUAUGCUGUCACAGGCACCCAACAGUGGUUGCGUUCCUGGGCGUGUCCUGGCCCUUAAUUCCAGCAGAUGCUGCCCUGCUCCGUGCUUGGCUGCUGCAUCCAGGUCCUGCGGAUUUGAUGAGACAAAUGGGAAGUUUUUUAAAGAAAAUCCUGGAGCCAUCAGAGCAGGAUGCAUUUGACCACUUGACGUGGAUGGAAAAACCUCGUAUCAACAUCUUCGAGGGCCUGAGCUCAGAGGAUGUGCUGCCCUCGCCCAACGUGGGGCUGCCCGCAGCCCUGAUCCCCCGGCAGCCCCCCGGGCCCGCCUACGUGACCCACACGGGGCCGCUGGUGCGGCUGCUGCGGCAGGAGCGGCCGGGCAGNCCGAGCCCCGCGGCCCCGGGCAGCUCAGCAGCGCGGCCAGCACCGCCGGCCCGCAGGAGCGUUCCACGGGAACCACCGGCCCCGCCUCGGCACCUCCGACUGUUUGCCACAGGAUUGUUUUUGCGAGAAAACCUCCCUCGUCUGUGCUGGCCCGGAACAACCUGGCGUGUUCCGGCCGGAGGGAAUGACCUGGCUGCAGCUGGAGCAAAGGGAGAAGAUGCUCCUGAGUGUUUCCCAGACUACAUUAAACUUCCCCUGCAAGCAGCAUCUUGGAGUCUCCUCCUAAAGGCUGACUGGAAUAAAAGCAGAAGGGGAUGGACAUGCAUCCUGUUCUCUGCUCUUAGGUCUGGAGCAAGCCACAACCUCUGCUUUUGAAAUAAAAUACUUGUGAU